AUGCUGCCGUACCUGUUCCCUGACCUCGCCGCCUUUCCCACAGUCGCUGACCUCAUUACGCACCUUCGCACUAGUGACACCCGCUACCGCGCUGCGCUUCCUGCUGAAAUCUGCGCCAAGAACCCCCCCCCCAUGUACAUCACCCUCUACUACAUAGUCACCCGGCUCCCUGGCUCCCUUCGCUCGGUCAGGGACCACUUCCUCUCUGUUUGCCCCACCACACUCACCAUUGACCUCCUCGAGGAGCGCCUCCUGGCAGCUGAGAAGAGUAUAGUCGCUGUAGGAUCCUCUCGUGGUGACCCUCGUGCCCCCUUCUUUGAGGGGUGCUCCUCCUCCUCCCUUUUGCCCUCUGUUGCCUCUGCUGCUGCCGUCAACUUCGAUGGCACCGAGUCGCGGGGUGGGGGUGCUGGUCCUUGUGCCUACGUCCUGCGUACCGACGACCGCACUGGUGAGUCGUGCGGUGGCCCGCACACCACCCAGCGCUGCUUCGGCCGCAUGACGGACGCUUGGCGUCACCAGUUCCCUGACGCCACUGAGAUCCCCCGCUGGGGCGAGCUGCUUAGGUCGGAGGUUGCUAUCUUUGAUCUGGAUUAUGAUGCAAUUCUUGCUGCCAUGUAUGUUGUGUCUACUAGUGAUGAGGGUGACUGUUGUGUUCCGCCUGACCCGGGCAUUGAGACUGCUGCUCUAGGUGAAGGUGACGCUGCUGCUCUAGGUGCUAGUGCGUCUACUGCCCCAGGUGCUAGUGAGUCUGCUCUCUCAGGUACCACGUCGGCUCAGGCCGUACACACCUUCACCCUUGACUAG